GUUUGGUGUAGUUUCUUAUUCUAUUCUUUCUAUUCUCCGAAAUCUGGAAGAACACUGAACAUAUAAUCUACCAAAAAUCAUAAAAACUUUCGUUUCCAGAAUUUCUGCACAAAAAUCUUAGUUCAAUGACACUUUCUCGUACAAAAACGAUCCCCAUUUUGUUCCUUUUCGUGUUCAUCAAUCAUGUUUUAGCUAAAAACCUCACAGAUGAAUGUGUUCUUGACGUUCAACUUUCUUCGGACUGCAAAACUGCUAAUUGGGAUGGAUUUUUCAGCACCGAUUGUUGCGAAUCAGCUUUUGAAGAGUAUCUAUCCGCAUUAUCAAAACACACGAAUCAAACUGGAUCGAUUUUCUUGAAUUUGAUACAACAACAAACUUGUCGAUCAUCGUUGGAAGGUAGCAACGGAAGAAAUCUUUUGAGCUGCGGUGUUGAAAAGCUAACCUCCGGUUCCGGAAGCUGCUCGGAUUUCACGCUGAAUGAUGUUGCUAACAAGCUCGAGAGCUCUUUAUCCAGUCUAGAUCAAGAUUGUGAGGUAUUGGAAUCAAGAAACGACUGCAAUUCUUGUUUAGAAAGAUGGAAAAAGAUUGGUGGUUUGACUACGAACAGUAGUGUGGAAGAGACUGAACUUUGUAGAUUCGCUGUGCUUGUUUCGAUGGUGAGUCGAAAGAUCUCUGAUUUCAAAUGGGUUCAAGCCGUUUAUCAGUGUCUUGGCCAGCAUCAAAUAAGUUUUCGAUUAGAUCAAUCCCAGAAUCUUGAAGAUGAUAAUCAUAAACACAAGAAAAAGCGGACCACUGUUGUGGUAAUUCUGGUGGGAGGUCUGAUCGGGAUCAUGAUCAUAAUCAUUGCAUUGUGGAUUUGGUUUAGAAGAUCAGUCGCCGGAAAGUUGCCAAUGGGCAAAGUGGAUAUGUCUGUCAUAAGGUCACCAUUUCCAAAAGAAGUAAGCACGAAGUUAACAGUUAGGGAUGUUUAUGCCGCUACAAAUGAUCUCAAAGCAUCAAACUUUAUCGGUGAAGGAAACGCGGGGAAAGUGUACAAAGGCGUACUUGCGAAUGGUCAAAAUGUUGCAAUAAAGCACAUUGUGAACGAUGGAGAAAUGGAAACGUUUGUGCGGGAAAUCACGAGUUUGUCACACGUAAGACAUCCAAACCUCGUAAGAUUGCUCGACCAUUGUGAGGGCGAAGGCGAGUGUUUUCUCGUUUAUGAGCUUUGUCAUUGGGGAAAUCUUUCAGAAUGGCUAUUUAGUAAAGAUAAAGUUCUCACAUGGAUCCAACGUCUUCACAUCGCAAUUGAUUGCGCUCGAGGACUAUGGUUUCUUCAUACAUAUCCUGGAGGAUGCAUAGUUCAUCGCGAUAUAAAGCCAACAAAUAUCCUCUUGAACGUCAACUUUCAAGCGAAGUUAGCAGACUUUGGUUUGUCCAAAAUCAUCGAUACGGGUCUAUCUCAUGUUAGCUCGGAAGUGAGGGGAACAUUUGGUUAUGUGGAUCCCGAAUAUCAAAAGAAUAGUCGUGUGAAUCCAUCUGGUGAUGUUUAUAGUUUCGGGAUAGUGCUUUUACAACUUCUUUCGGGGCAACGAGUGAUCAACAUAGACUUACAAAGGCCAAUGCCACUUGGGAAGAUGGCCAAGAUGCUAACAAGGGAUGGGAGUAUGACGGAGUUUGCGGAUCCGAAACUUAAUGGGGAUUACUCAUUUAAAGCUUUUGAGUGUAUGAUCAAUCUAGCGGUUUCAUGUAUAGGGAUGAAGCAACAAAGGCCAUCCAUGGAACAAGUGGUCACAGGAGUUGAAAAGGCUCUUGACAUUUCAAUACGAGAUCGGUCACUUACACCUUCAUUUUCCUCGGACACUGUCUAGAUUGAAAAGGUCAUAUGCUUAGGCCCUAUUUAUCUUUUCCCAUUAAGUGUUAUCAGGGAAAUGAUUUCUAAACGAUAUUUAAGAAUAUGAGACGAUUAGAAAAUGAAAGGAAAGAAUUUGUGAUGGAAAAAUUGUAAAAAGAUAGAUUUAAUCAGAAAAGUCUUGUAUCCAUGCCUUUCUCUAAUAAGUCGUUAUUUAUACAUUAAGUAAUAUAUGUAGUUUCAGAGGAUCUACAUGUAUUUGGUUAGCAACUCAUGUGAAUAAGGUUAAGAUUAAGGUUAAGGUUGUAGCUUCGAAACUUGAAUGGCCCAAAUGAAGUUCAUUUCCAUUAUUUUCUGUAUUUGUUCAUUUGUUGUUUAAUUUAAAUUGAUAUUUAUAUCAAUGUCAUAGCCAC